AUGCCUCCGAGGGGGCGUAAACGGCAAACCCCGUGCAGCAGCAGCAGCAGCAGCAGCAGCAAUGGCAGCAGCAGCAAUGACGCCAGCAGCAGCAGCGACAAAAAGAGCAACAGAAGCAGCAGUGUCCAACCUAUUAGGGUAGAAGUAAAAAGAGAAAAAACGCAUGUGAAGGAAGAGCAGCAGCAGCAGCAGCAGCAGCCGCAGCCGCAGUUGCUGCAGCAGCAGCUGCUGCUGCAGCAGCAACAGCAGGAGCGAGACCUGAGAGCGAAACGGCGAAGCAGUUCAGGUCCACUGCAGCAGCAGCAAAGCAAAGCAACAGUAGCAGCAGCAGCAGCAAAGGGCUGCAAGUCGGAACCAAAGGUAAAAGAAGAAGAGGCAGCAGCAAAAAUAGCAUCAACACCUGCAGCAGCAGCAGACGCAGCAGCAGCAGCAGGCGCAGCAGCAGCAGACACCAAGUCCAGCGACUCGGAGGAAGAGACCCAACUUGUGCCUAUUGGAAAACCAAAGGGCCGCAACCGCAGCAACGGCAGCAGCAGCAGCAACAAGAGCAGUAGCAGCAGCAGCAGCAGCAGCAACAGCACCAGCUGCAGCACAGGACCAACAAAACCUCCGCCUGCAAACUUCGACAAAGUAUGGGAGGCAAUCUGCAAGAUGCGAGAAAAGCGAGACGCACCUGUUGACUCAAUGGGCGUAGAGGCACAAACAGGGAAAGACGAGAAAGAAAGAAGGUUUGCUGUAUUAGUAGCAGUUAUGUUAUCUAGCCAAACAAAGGAUGAACAAACGCAUGCAUGCGUAGAGAGGCUAAGAAGUAACGGAUUGCUAAACCCUCAUGCUCUUGCUGCAUGCGAUACUGAAAAGUUACGGGGUUUAUUAUUUGGUGUGGGGUUUCAUAACAAUAAGACAACCUUCCUUAAGGCAGCAGCAGAAACCCUAAUCGCUAAACAUGGAGGAGAGGUACCCCAAACCCUCGAGGAUUUAAUGGAGUUAAAAGGAGCUUGGAAUUCUUUCCAUGGUAUUGCAGUGGACGUGCACGUACACCGCAUCAGUAACAGACUUGGAUGGGCCAAGACGAAAACGCCACAAGAAACAGAAAUUGCCCUUGAAGACUGUAUUCCACGGCAACACUGGGAAGAUGUUAAUCUUUUGCUUGUUGGCUUCGGGCAGCAAAUCUGCAAACCUGUAAACCCUGCGUGUGCUGUCUGCCUUGCGCGGCAGUAUUGCCCUGUUGGUCGCAAACUUCGUGUUCCUCGUAUCUCCCCUGAAGAAGAGCCUAAACCCUAA